AAAAUACACGAAUAUUUUGAAUAUAUUCAACGUAACCUUCAAAUAUUUUUUAUCUGGAAAGAAUACCUUGGCACUUGACGGAAACGAAUAUUUUGAAUAUAACCUUCAAGAAUACCUUGGCACGUGAUGGAACAAUAAACUAAGUCCAGACUUGUGUUGGCACGAAAGGUCACAGCAUCAAAGCUAAGCAGGAAAGUUUCAAGCAUGAACCAGCAGAUCAAUGGCCUCGUCCUCCCUCCGAGAAUCCACUACCGCCGCGUCGCCGCCAGCGCCGCCCCCGGCACCACCACCACCACCAAGUCCAGCAAGUUCGACUACGAUCUCUAUGUCAAGACCAAGCGCGAGGCCGUGUCCAUCUCCCUCCACCGCGCUUUCCCCCCGCCGCUCAAGCAGCCCGAGACGCUCAAGAUGCACGACGCAAUGCGCUACGCGGUGGGCGGCGGGCGGCGGACGUGCCCCAUCGCUUGCAUCGCAGCGUGCGAGCUGGUGGGCGGCACCCAGGACGACGCCAUGCCGGGAGCCUGCGCGCUUGAGAUGAUCAAGGCCAGCUUCUGCGUCCAGGACGAUCUCCCGUCCAUUGACGACUCGGAGCUCCGCCACGGCAAGCCCACCGUCCACCGCGCGUUUGGCAUACCCACGGCGCUCUUCGCGGGAACCGCGCUGCUCGCGCUCGGCUUCGAGCACCUGGCGGCGCGCUACAGCGGCGAUACGGCGGCGAGGAUGGUGGCGGAGGUGGGCCGGGCUAUCGGGUCAACGGGUCUGCUGGCCGGUCAAGCCGUGGACCUGGGCAUCGAGAACCCGGACCGCGGGGUAGAGCUGGAGACGCUCGAGUUCGUCCACCUCCACAAGACGUCGGCGCUGCUCGAGGCGUCGUUGGUGGCCGGGGCCAUUGCUGGUGGCGCGAGCGAGCAGGAGAUUGAGGCGCUGAGAGCGUAUGGACGGGUGACCGGGCUUCUCUACCAGAUCGUGGAUGAUGUCGCGGACGCUACCAAGACAAUGGAGGAGCUCGGGAAGAUCCCGGGCCAGGACGCGAUGGCGGGCAAGAGCACGUAUUCCACCAUCUUGGGAGUGGACAAGUCGAGGGAGAUGGUUGGGCAGCUGUUGGUGGAGGCCAAGGAACGAUUGGGUGUGUUCGAGGAGACCAAGGCACUGCCGCUGAUCCACCUAGCCGAUCACUUUGCUAAUUGGGCUUGAGACUUUAGUUUGGUAUAAUGACUAUUGUUGUUUCUUAUUAUUAUUAUUAUUAUGAGUUUAACACAACAAUAAUAGAAUCAACUGGAAAUAAUUAUUUGAA